CAUCCUCUUCUCCUCUGUUUAUUUCCGAGAGCCACUCAUAGUUCCAUGUUAGCAUGGCGUGCAAGUGAAACUGUCGAAAUAUGUUAAUUAGGCGGCCCUUUGAAAUUCAUAAGUUUGGACAGCCGUGUGAUGGGGGGUUGAUGGUGAGGGCUCCUGUCGCCCGGACAACGGUCACUAAUGGAGUCGUGGUGGCUGUAAUGCUCCUCCUCCGUGGUACAUAAUGCCUGCCUUUGAUCUUAGCGCUCCACUACCAGGAGCUCUCUCUGGGCUACUAAGAUCGCCAUCAGAGGAGAUGUCUACUGGCUGUGUGAGUUCACCCCCGGAGACGGCGGAACACAGGCUGCAGGGUCAGGAAGCGCACUAUGGUCUGCCUGAGCACCAAGAGAAGCUGAGGAUGGACCGACAGAAGAAGUGUGGCUCUGGAGAGCUGCACGCCGACAACCAGCACAAUGACCAGGAACACAAGAAGCCUCGCAGGAAAGACACACCUGUGCUCAACACCCCUCCCCUCAUCCCAGGUGUGAGGCAGAUGAAGGGGGAGGCUCGUCUGAUUCACCAGGAGGAUGAGGAGAAAGACGUGAAGAACUAAGUCCUCUGGGACCAUGCCUCUGACAACAGCCAUUCACAUCACUGCCAUGGGUUGUUUGACUAUGGGUUGUUUUAGUGCCCUUUAAAAAGAAAAAGUAACGUUUGUAAUUUAAUCAUUCAUGCCUUUGUUGUAGAACAUUUGGAGAAGAAAAUAUAAAUUGUGCCUAUAACCAGUCAGGUUUCUUUGAAAUCUUCAUUGAAGUUUAUGACACUUUCACACAUGCAGAAAAAAAUAC